AUGGCGUCCUCAGGUGCCGCCUCUAACCUCUGGGUACUGCUUGGCCUCGGCAUCGCGGGCGUCUUCCUGGCGGCGCGGCGACUGAGGCGCCCUGCGCGCCCAGACCAUGGCGCCUUCAUCGCUCGCCUCGAGCUCCUCCCGCCGCCCCAGCCUCCACCACCGCAAGCGCCCCACCCGCUCACCGGACUCUGCUUCGCCAUCGCUGACGCAUUGCAUGUCAGUGGUUAUAUUACAAGUUUCGGCAGUCUUGAAUGGGCAAAGACACGCGAUGCAGAAGUGCAAACAUCUCCAGUGGUUUCAGCUCUUGUCAAUGGUGGUGCUAUUUGUGUUGGGAAAACUGUUAUCGAUGAGAUGGCAUACAGUAUCCAUGGUGAGAAUAAAUAUUUUGAUACACCAACAAAUCCUGCUGCUCCGGAUCGAGUACCAGGAGGAUGUUCAAGCGGAUCAGCUGUUGCAGUUGCUGGUGGAAUGGUAGAUUUUGCCCUAGGUAUUGACUCGAUUGGAGGUGUAAGGGUACCAGGUGCUUAUUGUGGUGUCUUGGCAUUCAGGCCUUCGCAUGCUGUGGUUUCCAGCUGUGGUGUCAUUCCUGUUGCGCCUAGCCUGGACACUAUAGGUUGGUUUGCAAGGGAUCCAAGUGUGUUGCAUCGUGUUGGGCAUCUUCUUCUUAGACUUCCUUAUGCUGGUAUUCACCAACCUAGAAAUUUUUACAUAGCAGAUGAUUGCUUUGAACUUUCAAAGAUACCCGCUAGGAGACUUACUCAGGUGGUGACAAAAUCUGUGGAGAAGCUCUUUGGAAGACAAGUACGUCGUGUGAAUCUCGAAAGUUAUAUGAGUUCAAGAAUAUCCGGCCUGAGUAACUAUUCAAAUGGGCAUAAGAACGGGGAUUCAAAGUUCCCUCUGUUGCUAGCACUUUGUAACGCCAUGAGAUCACUUCACAAGCGGGAAUUCAAAGAUCAGCAUAUGGAGUGGAUAAACUCAGUUAAGCCCGCUGUGGAUGCUCGCAUAGUCAGUGAUUUGUCUGAGGAUGGUGAUUCAGAUAUUGAUGGCUGCCAAGAUGUGAGGAAAGAAGCACGCUCUGCUCUAAGUGAACUUCUUAAGGUCUCUAUUCCUUUAGGUACACAUGAUAAGUGUCCCAUUUCAGUUUCAUUGAUUGCUAGGCAUGGCGGUGAUCGGUUUUUGUUGGACACCACUCAAACCAUGUAUACGACCAUCCAAGAGCAAGUGGAAAUACUAGCGAAAUCUAGUGUUUCAAGUAAACAGGCGAUGAAUGAAGAAGCAGCUGAAGCUGCUAAAGAGAGAGGUAAUGCUGCAUUUAAGGAAAAGCAAUGGCAAAAGGCAGUAAAUUUCUAUACUGAAGCAAUAAAGUUAAAUGGAAAAGUGGCUACAUACUACAGCAACAGAGCUGCUGCCUUUCUAGAACUAACUAGCUACCGUCAGGCUGAGGCAGAUUGCACAAGUGCCAUCGACCUUGAUCCAAAGAGCGUGAAAGCUUAUUUACGGAGAGGCACCGCAAGGGAGAUGCUAGGUUAUUAUAAGGAUGCCGUUGAUGAUUUCAACCAUGCCCUUGUUCUAGAACCAAUGAACAAGACGGCUGGUGUUGCCAUUAACAGGCUAAAGAAGUUGUUUCCGUAA